AAACUUGAUAUGGAAGAGGAAGGAGCCUCGGGCAACAAAGAGUCCAAGAAGAAAACAAUGCCGAAUCUGUGGAGUAGGCGAUGGUUGAGUAGAUGAGAGACUGCGAUUUGAACAACGGAUCGUGGGUUAAGGAUGACGACGAGUAGCCAUUGUAUCAGCUUGGAUUGUGUCAUUAGGUUGACGAAGCUUUUGAUUGCCAGAUGAAAGCCUGAUGAUUGCGACCUUCCACGCUUCAGUUGAUGAAACGUGGGGAGGUCAAGUUAUAUAUGCUGGAAGUCUAUGACAUCACUCACAAAAACUAGAAUACUUUGAGGCUGUUGAAGGGGUUCCAAAGAUCAAGGCCGGAUACUAUCCUGCAACGUGGAUGCUUUGACGUCACUACUCCUUCAAUGGAGUCACAAAUGAGUUUGGACUUUGCUCAACUAUUCACCGUCUCCUCUCUUUAUCGGUUUUUCUACUCAAUGCUAACAAACUUCAUAUUUCAUGCUAUACGGUGUCGGUAUGAUGUUUUGGCUUGGACGUUGUACGGCAUCAUCACAUCUCAAGUAGGAGACAAAGAUACGAUAGUGCAGAUCGCUGAUGUUGGAGACAUGAGCCUUAGAACUUUCCUGAAAGAUGUGUUCGAACACGACUCCUUACCAGUUGUACCUUCUGUCCACAUGGAAUAUAUACUGCUCUUUGUCUAUUUCUUUGCUUAUGGUAUCAAGUUCCUCAACUUCCAAAAGAAGGUGAAGGAGAAGAAGAACCUUUGUAGCAUAGUGUUUGGAAGUUUAACAAAUGCUAGGCUUGCCCGCAAACACCGCAUACAGUUGAUAUGUGCCAGACGUGUUGCAGCUUCACCACCUCAAGCCAUCACUACUGAAGAGCCGACUACGACUCCUCCGCAUGCUGGACCCACGAAUGGUGGUAAGUAA